AUGGUUAGCGAAGAAAAUAUUCCGAGUGAAGAAAUUUUGAACGAAAAAUGGGACAAAUGCAUAUCCAAUUUGCUGGUAAAAACGGGUAUUGGACUAAGCGUCGGUAUUAUCGCAUCAGCGCUUAUAUUUAGGAAACGAACGUGGCCGAUUGCUAUUUCUACAGGAUUUGGGAUUGGUGUAGCUUACGCGGAUUGUCAACGAACCUUUAUUCCAACUGCUAUUCCUGGUGUUCGGAUUGUAAAAGCUAAUAAUAUCAAUUCUGAAUCUUAG